UAUCAGUUGUUCCGGCAUUUUGUGUCUGACUGGCAGUCAAAACUCUAACAGUAAAUAUAAUUUAGUGGCUUUCACUUUGGUAAAAUAUAAUUUAGCAGCAUUAAAAACAAAAAAAAGCAAACAAUAAAACGCCUAAAUGUUUUCAUCGGUGUGGCGAAGCGUUGAAACGCAAUUGACUUCGUACUAUUUUCGAGGUUCGUCCAAAUUUGUAGUGCAGCAGAAGAAAAGCGGCAUUAUUGGAGCCCAACUUCUUCUGUCUGGUUGUCAUCAUCGUCGUCAUCGUCAUACUUCUGGUGCUGGUGCUGGAUCUUCUGCUAAGCGCUUUCUGGGUGUCCAAGUCUGUUGCGUCAAUUUACAAAAGUUGCGCACAGUCGGCUUCAGAGGCAUGCAUAGUACUUUGGAGGAUGUGAAGCUCAAUGGCUUCGAUGUCAAAAUUCUGCCUGCUCUGCAGGAUAAUUACAUGUACUUGAUUGUGGAUAAUAAGACACGCGAAGCUGCUGUUGUUGAUCCCGUUGAUCCCGAUUUGGUUAUCAAGACGGUGCAGGCAGAGAAUCUGAAGUUGAACAAGGUGCUGACCACACAUCAUCAUUGGGAUCAUGCUGGUGGCAAUGAAAAGCUGGUGAAGCUCUGGUCUGGCGGCGAACUGGAUGUUUAUGGCGGUGAUGAUCGCAUUGGUGCCAUGAACAAUAAGGUGCGCCAAAACGACACCUUCAAUAUUGGCGAACUGAAUGUGCGCUGCCUAUCGACACCUUGUCACACUACUGGUCACAUUUGCUAUCAUGUAACAGUGCCCGGUGAACCCAAUACGGGCGCCGUCUUUACCGGCGACACACUGUUCCAAGGCGGCUGCGGACGGUUCUUUGAAGGCACCGCCGAGGAAAUGUACGCUGCCCUGUGCGAGAAGUUGUCCGGUUUGCCCGAUGAGACUAAAGUCUUUUGUGGCCAUGAGUAUACACUGCAAAACAUGAGCUUUGCUCGCCAUGUUGAGCCAGACAGCGUCAUUAUCCAGAAUCGCAUUGAGUGGGCCAAAUUGAAGCGCGCCUCCAAAGAUCCCACCGUACCAUCGACAAUUGCUGAAGAGAAAUCGUGGAAUCCAUUUAUGCGCGUUAAUGAAGCCGUGGUAAAGAAACAUGCGGGCACUGAGGAGGAAUCUGGUGUGGCCACCAUGGGCGUGUUACGCAAGGAGAAGGAUACUUUUAAGGCUUAAUGAUUUAAGCAUAAAUAAAUUGUGAUUAUUGGUGAAAGCUUA